AUGCGGUGCUACACCUCCGUGGUCUGGAUGCACAAGCCAGACUGGUAUAGGUUCCUAGGAUUGCUCAUUGCCGUCAUCGUGCUAGCCCUCGACGCAUCCUCAAUCAUAACUUCACCAUACGCCCCUACCAAGCACGGCGUGCUUCUUGCGGCAGCUAUCAUAUCUAUUAUAACUCUCGUGUACCGUCUUGUCGGCCAGCGCUACUUCAGCGCCAUCACCAAGUCCUAUCCUUGGGUAUGGGUAACGCCGCCACUAGAAGCACUCGCCGUGCUUCUCCUUCUCAUCGGCUUCAUCCUUGUCACGAUUGGCGUGCUGUCACCAUCUGGCGGUAGCUGCACCGCGCCGCGGCCAUCGCCGGCCGUAGCUUCGACUUCGUCGCUUGCCGCUGCUCAGCGGCAGACUGCAUUGCCGGAGCAGACUAUAGUACUAUCGUCUUUGACUAGCAGCAGCAUGGUGGCCAUACCAUCUCCCGUUGUUGUCAUCGGCGACGAAACCGAUGACGAAGGUGACACCACGACGCCUUCGGUGCCCGCCACCGUGAUCACCACGCCGACGUCGUUGGCAACGAUCGUGUCCGCCGUUCCUCCUCCGUCUACUCCAGGUGACGAUGACGAUGACGAUGCUAACGAGAGCCUCACCAACUCCGCUCCCACCACGCCGACCUUGUUGGCAGCUAGCACUCUCGCCGCUUCGCCUUCACCGGCUCCAGACGAUGAUGACGACGAUGACGGCAACCAGGACCCCGUGGUGACUGCUCCCACCACCACGACGCCUACCUCCGCGCCACUCCCUUCCGUGACACCGGCGCCGACGGCCGUCCCCACUGAGGGCCCUGAUGACGACGCCGACGACAUCUCAGACCGCAGGAAGCUGGUCAAGCGGGUUCUCUCUCACCCUCGCGCCCUGCACUCCUUUUACCGCCGUCAAUCUCAGCAGACCGAAAGCGAAGACGCACAAUCCUCCAGCUCUAGCUGCAGCAUCGACGCCACAGUGAUCGCCCUCAGCGUCACUCUGUUCCUCUCCAUGGCAUUCUCUCUGUGUACCGCAAUACGCGAGGCGCGGCGCAUCACUGCUGAGCGCCGACUAAGUCUCGCCUCCACCAUUGCGGCGGCGGAUGGGAGCGCCGCUGAGAAAGCGCCGCUCGAUGAUGUGGAGAAGACGGAGCAUGGGUAUGAGGAGAGUUUGGCGAGUUCGGGGGCGAGCAAGGGGAGCUCGUUUCUGCAGAAGACGGCGAGGUUUGGGUAUAUCUUGGUUAAGGGGAGAUGA